GUGGGAGAUAUUUAUACCCAGGGUCAGGGAGAGAGCGGGCAGGCAGCCGAGGGAAGGAGAGCGGGGACUGUCAGGGUCCAGAGAGACCACUGGUUGAGGUGUAUAGGGGUAGGUGGGCCCUGGCGUGUCCUGCUGUCUGUUUCCACCUGUGUCCAGAGGCAGCUUGCUUCCCUUACACAGGCCCUUUCUAGGAGGGGAGGCGAGCAGGGGAGAGGACAUUUCUUGACCCUGGCUGACUCCUUAGGGCAAUGGCAUCUCCCAGCCACAUCCUGGCUCUCUGCGUGUGUCUCCUCAGCAUGGCCAGUGCAGAAGGUCCACAGGAACCGGAUCCAUUCACCUAUGAUUACCACACACUGAGGAUUGGCGGCCUCACCAUCGCUGGGAUCCUCUUCAUCCUGGGCAUCCUUAUCAUCCUUAGCAAGAGAUGCCGGUGCAAAUUCAACCAACAGCAGAGAACUGGGGAACCCGACGAAGAGGAGGGAACUUUCCGCAGCUCCAUCCGCCGUCUGUCCACCCGCAGGCGGUAGAACCUCCACCUGGCUCCGGAAAACUCAGCCAGGUCCUGCAGCUGAUGGACUGAGCUAGGAGGGAGGGAGGCAGAGGGGCACAGUUCCAGGGUGGGAGAGUGGCGAGGAGAGCUCAGGGUCUCUGCUUGCCAUUCACUCCCUUCACCCCCACAGGACUCCCUUGACACCUGACUCCUCUCCCAACCCAGCUGCUUGCCCGUGGCCACCUCCAGUGUCCCUUGCCUCAGCCCUGCCUCUCAGACACCCCUUACUGCUAAGACCUCCAAUAAAACUCGGUUUUUCCUCUUGA